AUGUCAGCUACAUCCGCGGAUGGCAAGCCCAUCGAUCAACAGGACAAUCUCCGGCGCAUGGCUGCCGGCGAGCUGUACUAUGCCUUUACGCCAGAUCUGAUUGCGGCGCGCAAGAGGGUCGAGACUGCUUACAAGCGCUUCAACAAGGCCGAUGAUGCCUCACGCAGAGAGAUAGCCGAGAUGUGGAACGACAUCACCCAGAACAAGACGCCGCUGCCCGCGCGAGCAGCCAGCGAGGAGCAAGACGAGGAGCUCCUUCAGGACUUUGCCUGGGUCGACCGACCCAUUGGCAAGAUUGACUACGGUUACAACAUCAAGCUGGGCAAAAACGUCUACAUCAACAGCAAUAGCGUCUGGAUCGACACGUGCACCAUUACGAUUGGCGACCGGGUCAUGGCCGGCCCCAACGUGUCCUUUUACUCGGGCACGCACCCGGUCGACUACCGCAUCCGCAACGGUACGCGCGGGCCCGAGAGCGGCGCGCCCAUCACCGUCGGUGACGACUGCUGGAUUGGCGGCAACGUGACGAUCCUGGCAGGCGUGACGAUUGGCCGCGGUAGCGUGAUUGGCGCCGCCAGCGUCGUGACAAAAGACAUUCCGCCAGAGUCUGUGGCGGUAGGAAGUCCUGCGCGCGUCAUCAAAAAGGUCGACACGUCCAAGCCUCCCCAGUACGAGUAG